UUACUAGCCAUGGUUGUUUCCAGUAGAGAGAUGAUGUUAGUACUCUUUGAAACUACACAGAAGGAGACGGUGUGUACCGUAUUUAUAUAUUCUCCAACCUUCCAGCCCUACAUCCUAUUUUGGGAUGAUAUCCGACUUGUUGGUCGAGCAUUUGCUGGAGUUGUAGAACUGAAGCAGCCUGAUGGAUCGUGGAACAAGGUAUGUGCUGACCAUUUCUGGACCCCACAAGUAGCGGCAGUAGCGUGCCAUCACUUAGGAUUUGAUGGAACUGCAAGAACCAGAGCAAGGGGAAUUCAAACUCACGAGAAACAUUUUUCGAAGUUGCAAUGCAAAGGUUCCGAGGAAAGUCUGGAACAGUGCCAAUCUGUGAUUGCGAACAGUUGCAGCACAAACAGAGAAGCAUAUUUAUUUUGUGGUAGACCAAGAGCAGUUAAAGACCAUCCAGCAAAUUGCACAGAUAGACAGUUCCUGUGUAGGAGUGAAAAUAAAUGUAUCCCCUCACGCUGGCGGUGUGACUAUGUGUCCGAUUGUAGCGAUGGCGCAGAUGAAGUCAACUGUACACCAUCGACCGACAUUCCUUUGAGUUCCCACUAUCUGCGCCUCUUGAGAGUCACUGGACGACGGAAUGAGGGAAUAUUAGAGUUUAACCUGGCUAACCAGUGGGGUACCGUCUGUGACGACGGCUUCGAUAUAGUGGCGGCCAAUGUUGCUUGUAAACAGCUGGGUUUUCACUAUGGUGCUGAAAAAGUGAAAAGCUUUGGAGGAGGCUCUGGACAAAUAUGGAUAGACGAAAUCAAUUGUCUUGGAAACGAGACGUCAAUUUUAGAGUGCAGAAGGAAUAACUUUGCUGCACAUGAUUGUACGCACGCUGAGGAUGUUGGGCUGGUCUGUAAAACUUCACCAAAUCCAGAGGGUUGUGGUGUGCCAAAGGCGGAUCCAAAAAGUCGACGAAUUGUUGGAGGACACACGUCCACGCGCGGAAGUUGGCCUUGGAUAGCCAGUAUAUUCCUCCACAUUCCGCCAAUGAGUCAGGAACAGUUCUGCGCCGGGAGUCUGGUCAACGACGAGUGGAUUCUAACUGCUGCCCACUGUUUUGAUAGAACAACAGAUAAGAGAGAUAUCCGAAUUCGAUUGGGAGAGUACAACCUUCACCAUCGUGAUUCCUCUGAACAAACUUUCAAUGUAACCGAGCUGUUUCUCCACCCAUUGUAUACCAAGGCCUCUCACGACUUCGAUAUUGCAUUGAUAAAACUGAACAGGCCCGCAGAUACCAGCACUGGAUACGUCAACAAUAUCUGUUUGCCCCUGGCUUCUGAAGACAAUUUCCAAAGUGAUUACUGUUUUGUAGCUGGUUGGGGGAAUACAGGUUCAUCAGCUUCAUCAAAGACCAAUGUGUUACAAGAAGCAAAAAUACCAUUACUUGGAAAUGAUGUAUGUAAGAGUAUAUACGGGCAACUAACAAGCAAUAUGAUGUGUGGGGGAUACGUGUUCGGCGGAAUAGAUACCUGUCAGGGCGAUUCGGGAGGUCCAUUAAGCUGUAGACGAAAUGGUCGCUGGGAAUUGGGCGGAGUGAUCUCAUGGGGUAAUGGGUGUGCCCAGGUGAUGAAGCCGGGUGUGUACACGAGGGCUAAGCCUUACUUACAAUGGAUAACAGAUACAUUAUUAGGGAAAACGGCACCAUCGACAGCUGCUCCAGCUAGACUUCACAUUAACUCACUGUUUGGUCGAUGAAAUUUUAUAAAAUGUACUCACAUUUAUAUAAGUGUAUUGUAUAAUUUUAUAUGCACAUUCCUUAACAAAAGAAUCUCAAUAGCUGACAUUUUUUCUUCAUUUUA